CAGACAAGCCACUUUUAGCCUAGAUCGACACGGCACCGGCUUGUUUUUCCACAACGCCACCUACGCAUGUGCCGUACAACUGCAUGCGAUAGUUACAGACGAAGCAAGACAUACAUACUCACCGGUCAAUUUCCCAUAUCGCUAUCAAACCAUCGUCCACUCUCGGGGCACCAGUUCAACCAUGGCGCAGGAACAGCAACGCCAUGGCUUCUUCCAGUAUAUACAUCUAAAAAUCAUCGUCACUCUAUUCAGGGUUUUGAUGCCAUGGGCCAGCAAAGAGCGAAGAAACCGCGAUAAUGCAUUGGUCCCUCAGAAUAUUGCGCGGGAACGGGUGAAAAUCCCAUCGCGGGACGCCAAACGCCACAUUCUUGCAGAUCUCUACUACCCGCCGAAUUAUAGCUCAUCAUCGACAUCGCCGGUACCGAUUCUGGUCAAUUGGCACGGCAGUGGUUUCAUCAUGCCCUUAUUCGGCACCGACAACUUCUUCUGCUACCGCGUCGCACGUGAUGCCGGCAUCAUUGUGCUUGACGCCGACUAUCGUAAGGGGCCGGAAACGCCAUUCCCUGGAGCAAUCCAUGAUGUCGAAGAUGUCCUCCGUUGGGUCGCCACACAAAAUCACCGCUUCGACACCUCGCGCAUCGCCUUAUCAGGAUUCAGUGCGGGUGGUACUCUGUCUACUGUCGCGGCGACAGCAAUACGAAAGAAGCUUGAGGAUCUCAUCACCGUCCUGGUCGUCUUCUCCUUAUACCCGCUUCUAGACUUCGCAGCGCCUGUGGAAAGCAAAACGGUACCUAAGCCAGUUAGAGCUCAUCCUCCGUUUCUAUUGCGUUUAUUCAAUGAUGCUUACGUGCCGGAUGAGAGUACUAGAACGGAUCCUUUAGUGUCUCCGAACUUUGCGGAUGCGGCUGAUUUCCCGGAAACGACGGUGCUGGUUACGUGUGAGGGCGAUAUCUUGAGGCCUGAGGCGGAUGAACUCGCUGAGAGGUUGUUGCGUGCCAAUGUGCCUAACAAAACGGUUAUUCAUAAGAUGCUACAGGGCGUUCCGCAUGGGUUCGAUAAGGGUGUCAAGAAAGGUACCGUUGGCUGGGGUCGGCGAGAGGAGCUUUACACCAUAGUAGUCAAACUUCUUAAAGAUACUUUGGGUUUGUAGAUGAUAUUCUGGCUAGCUGCCUAGUUAGCUAUGUAUAUACACUCUGGAUGUAUUGAUACCCAAAUUUCCAUAAGAGUGGUAUGCCAUAUAAACUCGUAGUCUUACGAUGUUAGACUGGGGUUGACAUGAAUACUACAUAGUCAAGGUUCAACAUUGAGCAAUGAAUCUACC